UCUCUCUACAGCUUCAUUUGCCCACGCUCAUCCUUUGCUCUCUCCCCUGCUUUCAAGUAAGCGGCUCUCUAUGAGAAAAAGGAGAAAAAAGAAGCAGCUUUGUGGGCCCAGAGUGGUAAAGCAAGAGCUGAAGCAGUCGCGGCUUUUAGCUGUUUGGAGCGACAAUGGAAGACUAUCUUGCCCGACUUCUAAAUUUAACUUCAUAUAUAAGUCACAGUAUUAUCCAAUUUAUUGGGGAUCUUGUUUUUGGAAAUGUUGAGAGAAUAUCAUGUGGUCCGGAACCUUCAUUUUCCGGAUGGCGUGGAAGGACUUUGCACAGCAUCGAUCACCCCUCUCGAAGAGAGACUUCUAUGUUUCCUGAUUAUUCUGAUUCUAUUACAGAAGUAAACCGUUCGCGGACAGUUGUACUAUGUCGGGCUAAAUUAUUUAUUUGCCGAGGAUUGAUGUUCGGCCUCAAACUGGGAGCUAAAUUUGUAGCUGCUGGUUUUAAACGUGGCCAUUUCUAUAUCAAAGGACUCAAAGUCCGAGCGCAAGGGUUCAUACGUCGCUUGAGGAGGACAUUGCAGGGAUCUACAGAGGAUAUCGGAUGGUUGCAAAGAGACGAAGGGCUACCUCCUGUCGAGGAUGGUACAGCUCGAUUUAAAGAGAUUCUUUGUGACGUUAGAAAUGGUGUGCAUCGUCUGCCUAACACUCUGGUUUAUUUAUUCAUUCCUGGCCUUUUUAGCAACCAUAGUCCUUUAUAUUUUGCUAACACAAAAAGAUUCUUUUCGAAGAUGGGUCUAACUUGUCAUAUCGCCAAAAUUCAUAGUGAGGCAUCGGUGGAGCGAAACUCGUGGGAAUUGAAACAAUACAUUGAGGAGCUGUACUGGGGAUCUGGAAAGCGCGUACUGCUGCUAGGGCACAGCAAAGGCGGUAUUGAUGCGGCGGCCGCGCUAUCCAUAUACUGGCCCGAUUUGAAGGAAAAGGUCGCAGGCCUUGCACUUGUUCAGAGCCCGUACGGCGGAAGCCCGCUCGCAUCAGAUAUCCUCCGCGAAGGCCAGAUUGCUGACAAGGAAGCGCGAAGAAUCAUGGAGUUCAUUAUAUGCAAACUAAUCAAGGGUGAUAUGAGAGCUUUGGAGGAUCUAACUUACGAGAAGCGAAUGGACUUCAUUGCCACGCACCGGCUCCCCUACGAGCAUGUCCCGCUCAUCUCUUUCCACACGGAAGCCAGCACGGCGCCUGGCGUCCUCGCCACGAUGUCCCACAUCGCCCAUGCCGAGCUCCCUUUCCUCCCUCUCCCGCACUUCCUCUCCGAGGCCUACUACGCGGACUCGAGCCUAGCCAACCGCAAAGUGCCGGUCGUCAUCCCUCUCUCUGCCGCCAUGGCAGUCAGCGCUUUUCACUUACGGUUACGGUAUGGCGAGAAGAGCGACGGUUUGGUGGCUCGGCGCGACGCCGAGGUGCCCGGGUCGGUCGCGGUGAGGCUGGACCGGAAGUUGGAUCAUGCGUGGAUGGUGUAUUCGUCUAUGAAGAAGGACGAGGUCGAGGCCGACGCGAGUGAGAUGUGCGAGGCUUUACUGACCAUGCUCGUCGAGAUCGGCCGGAUGAGGAAAAAGUCUGAGUAAUUCUAUUAGAAAUUGUGCUUUGCUAACAUGCAAAGCGCGAAGUUUAGUGAUAAUGGAGAUGUGUCAGUGUCUUGUUUCUGUUUGUUCAAAAAUACUGGUUUUGUAGAACAUUGUGGCAAUUUGAAAAUGAAACUGCGUGUAAAGUUACACCUUAUAUGAAGCACAUAAUGAUGUGAUUAAACUUGAAUAAAAGAAAAAAGGUAAUUGUGUGGGAAUUAUCAA